GAGGUUCCAGGAAGUUGGGACAUUGGCCAUGGACUCAUCCUGCACACUAGACCUGUCGGACCCAAACUACUCCUGGGAGGAGGACAGGAAGUACAUCCUGCGGGGCUGGGCCCUGCUCUUCAGCAUCCUCGCGACCCUGAUGGUGCUCAGCGCGCUGGAUGGGCGGAUGGCCUACCUGAAGGGCUCCUACACUGGCUACGUGGGCCUGUGGAUUAACUGCAGGAAGUACACGUGCCCCAACCUGGGCCAAGUCACGGUUCUCAUCCACAUGAGCAUGGGCUUCAUGAUGCUGGCCUUGACCCAGUGUUUCAUCCUCCUCAUCACCAUGGGCCUCUCCUUCUGGCCAGUCUUCCGCCGCCUGAACAAGAUCGACCUUGUCUUCAGUUUCCUCAGCUUAAGCAUCGGGCUCCUGAUUCUCCUCAGCAUGACGCUCUUUGUAGUCCACUGCCAGUCACUGAGGCCAAAGCCACAGAUUUCCUACCUGAUUACCUCCUACCUAUGCUGGGGCAGCGGCGCCCUGAUACUGUGGACCGGAGUCCUGAGCUACUUGAACUACGCGGGCAUGUGGAGCCAGGACUCGUUCUGCUGGGAUCGGCGGGUGAGCUAUCGCCGGUGGGCCUCGCGGCUCAACUCGGUGAAGCACGUGUCCAGACAGUCAGACUCCAAGUCUGACCCCAAGCAAUCCGAGGACCGGACCAAUUCGCUCCCGCUGCAGGGGAUCCUCACCAAGCCGCUCUAAGCCGUCGUUUCUCAGGACACGGACGGGCACCCGGGCCCGGGGCGGCGAUCAGACCUCCACUGAGGCCCCCCGCUCCCUAAGAACGUGCCUCGCCCUCCCUCCGAGGGCUUGUUGACAAAGCCAGGACCCUCAAGCUUGGGCCCACCCUUCGCGACUCUGUUCCCGUCCACAGAGGCCUCACCGUGUCCCCAUCCCAGAAGUCAGACACCGCCCCCUUCCGUUCUGCGCGCAGCUCCCGCCCCGUGGCCAGUGGGUGUGGCUCUGCUCGCAUCCUAGCGCGGCCCCGCCCCAAUCCCAGGCAGGCCACGCCCACCCUGGCUAGGCCACGCCCCUCACCCUCGGAACUCCUCCCCCUCCGAGCCCCUGGACAGGACACGACCCCGCCCAGCUUUGGACGUAGCCCCGCCCCAGGAAGGCGUGGCUUGCAGUAGCAUCCCUCGCCCACCUUCCGGGCUUCUGCGCCCCAAUAAAAUGUGGGCACCAUCCUC